AUGUCUGACAGCAGGCAGCGAACGUUGUCCACCUCUGGGGAGUCUCUGUAUCAGAUCCUGGCUCUUCAGAAAGGUUGCAGCCAUGAUGAUAUCAAGAAGUCCUACAGGAAGUUGGCGUUGCGGUACCACCCUGAUAAGAACCCGGAUGACCCGGAGGCGGCGGAGAAGUUUAAGGAGCUGAAUGCGGCCCACGCCGUCCUGUCCGAUCUGACCAAGAGAAACAUCUACGACUCGUACGGCUCUCUGGGACUCUACGUAGCUCAGCAGUUUGGAGAGGACAACGUCAACACCUACUUCAUGCUGUCCACCUGGUGGGCUAAGGGUCUGUUUGUGGUGUGUGGGAUCUUGACUGGCUGUUACUGCUGCUGCUGUCUCUGCUGCUGUUGUAACUGUUGCUGUGGGAAACUGAAGCCGCCGCCCACAGGUGAGGGGGCAGAACCAGAGUACGUCUCACCUGAUGACCUGGAGGAGGAGCUACGCAAUGAGCCCGAUAACGACAUGGAAGCCCCAGUCCUUCAGCAGCCGACCAACGCCAGUGAGAAAACUCAGCUGAUCACUGAUGGACAUCGGAGAUACGGAGACACCUACACCUGA